UCAAGCUCCUAGUAAAAUCUGGACUGGGUGAAACCGCUGUGCAAGAGGAGUCUUAUUCCCAUCCCCGUUUUUAACACAAUUUAAGGAGUGCUGUGUUUCAUUGAUUUGGUGACAGGCCAAUUCAACACCCGCCCCAGUCUGAGACUUUGCUAAUCCAUUUUUCCAGCGUCACUCCCUGGCUCUCUGUCUGUUCCGUGAUAAUCCACCCACCCCCUCGCUCUCGAAGAUCACUCUCAGCACUCUCAUUGGGAAGCUGUCAUUUCCGACCCUGGCAGACGCUCCGAAUCGCACUGCAGGCUGAUAUAACUGUCUGCCAGGACACGCAGCACCCUUUCAUUUCAUAUUUCAUCACCUUCUUCAUAUUGAAGCGCUCUUUAUCAGCACUGCCCCGGUUAACGUGCUGAAUCUGCAGGGAGGCGUUUCACAGGCGAGAGGCAGGUGCUAUCUGGGUUUCCAGCGACGGUUCGCCCGUGCCUGGUGUAAUUAACACAUUGACCACACGCUAUCUGACGCCGAUACAAGAAUGCCAUGCGAAUGUAAUUAAAUGGCCCCUUAAGCAAAAAUAAACCCUGCCGGUCUCCUGUUGGAUGUAAACGGCUUGUGGCCAAGGCAACCAAGUGGAGAGGUGGGGCGCUCCCUAAUCCUGUCCCAGGGCGAUUGAAUCUCGAUCCCAGGAUUCGCCCGGCUUGUGAGGAUUGAUUAGGGUUAGAUUGCAAUCCUCAAUCAGAAUUAAUAAAAUGGUUUUGCGAGAUUUCUUGCUUAGACUGUUAAGUGAUGAAGUGUGUGCAGGACUGUAUGAGAAAGGAGAACCAAGGCAAACAAUUAACCACAGUAGCCCUGUAACAGAGUGUGGCUGGUUGUAUAGAAACAAAAUAAUUGUGAUAUAAAAUGCUCAUAAAAGUUACCUUAACAAAAAAAAAACCCAAACCUGACUGUUGUUUUCAUGUUGAACAGGUCCGCCAGUCAGUCUCGAAGACCCCCGAGCCACGCGGCUAUGUUGAGGAGAUGACCAGCUGCCAGCGAGCGCUCCCGCUGCUGCUGCUGCUGCUGACGCUGUGCGGGCAGGGCUCCCUCUUGUGUCCGGCGGGCUGCCACUGCGCCUGGGACAGCGGGACAGUGAGCUGCGCCAACGCUGGGCUGCAGGAGAUCCCAGCUUCCCUCCCGCGGGACACGGUCACGCUGCACCUGGAGGGGAACCAGAUCAGCACCGUGCGGGACGGGGCAUUCAAAAACCUCCCGCGCCUGCGCGAACUCGACCUGUCCCGCAAUCAGAUCGAGAGCCUCUCCCCGGGAGCCUUCCGGCACCUGAGCCCGGAGCUCAAGAUCCUGGACCUGUCCGACAAUCAGCUGCAGCUGGCCAGCAAGGAGGACCUGGGCCCCACGCGUGCCAAGACCCGGCUCCACCACAACCCCUGGCACUGCAGCUGCGCCCUGCAGGAGCUGAUCGAGACGGUGAACCUGGACCCGGAGACGGUGAGCGGGAUCGUGUGCGAGAGCUCGGCGCAGGGGCCCGAGCACGCCGGCCAGCCCCUGGUCAAGCUGCUGGACGAAGGGGUGAACUUCUGCAGCCUCCAGCGCAAGACGACCGACGUGGCCAUGCUGGUGACGAUGCUCGGCUGGUUCUCCAUGGUCAUCGCGUACGUGGUCUACUACGUGCGACAGAACCAGGCGGAGGCCAGGAGACACCUGGAGUACCUCAAGAGCCUGCCCAGCCCGCUGAAGGAAGCCAGCGCGGAGACGGACACGCUCAGCACGGGCCUGUGAGCCGGGGUGGGGCUCCGAGCUCUCUUUAACACUCCCUCGUUCCUGGUUUAUUUUACAUUUGUUAUUCGGGAUUUCCAAAACCAGCCAUCUACCAGUCCACUAAGAAAAUCUAAAGUCGUGUUGUUUGUUUUGCCCCCCUCGAUUGCUGUUUUAGGAAAACUGUCCAAUAUUUGAUGACUUAAGCAGGACUAGCAAACACGUUGCCGUCCUUCUUUUUAAUUUAACGCAUGUGGCAGUUUGAUAUUAUUUUGUUAAAGGGAAUUUACUGAAUUGUGUAUCCUAAUGCAGUGGAAUGAAGCUCUGCCGCUGGGAAGACUACUGAAACACCAGCCCGCUCCUAGUUCUGAAAGGAAGAAGAAUAAUUUGGAUUACAGGAUGUGGUUGUUCAGCUCUGGGAUAAUAACAGACAGCCUUGAAUUCUGAAUUCUUUACACCACGCUAAUAAAAACAAACAUUUUAAAAAGUGUUGGUUUGGUCUCAAUUUCAAACCGUUUCGUUUCUAGCCCCUACAGCUGCCAAUGUAUUGAUGCGCAAAUUUAAUUAACAUUUUAUUUCCAAUCGAAAGAAAGAAUCUGUCGAGAUCUUCAUACUGGGAAACUGAGCCGGGGGGCAGGCAGCAAAGCAGCUGUUAACACUGGCCUCUGAAACUCAGCAGACAAGGCUUUUUACAUAUGUGUGUGUGUGCGUGCAUUGGCGGCUGUCCGUUUCACAGCAGGUAACACAGGUCACAGUCAGAGAUGCUUGUUUUUCUCUGAAUGGAGGAUCAGGUGAGUGUGUGGGAUCCGGAAACAGAACGCCGCGUGCCAGUGCAGACUGCAGUUCCCCCAGUGUUCCCAGUUCACCUGCCUCUCUAUACUGCCUUGAACUGAAUUAGCAACCCCAUAGCCCGGUGGUACUCGACUCUGGCCUUUGAGGUCCAAUCCAGACCCGAUAUCCAAAACUGUGGAUUUUAGAGACCGCCCAAAAAGUUUUCUUAUUUCCCCACCCUGCUUUGAGAUGUAGAUUUAUUGGGAGCAUCACAAUUCAAACAAUCAGUAUUUACUCUCAUCUGUUUCACACGUGCGCCAGCGCUGCAGGCAGCUAGCCACGCACACUGUCGCAUUUUAAACUCAGCUAGCAGGCUUGGUGUCAAUUUCCGUUUUUCAAAUCAAUUCCAAAACACAGCAUUGAUCAAAACCGCUACUGGCAGCAUCGUCUUAAAAUGAGCUUCAAGCGGAAGACGGCAACUGAAGUCAUGCGAGUGAAUCAAUGAAACGGUUUAGUAGGUCUCUAAAAACAUCAAUUCUAAUCCCAGCUGGAACUGGGAAUGGAUUUGAAAGAGGAAUUGAAACCCGGGACUGACCCCGGCCCUGCUUGCUCUGUGUUACCAGAGCGGCUGCUGGUUUUAUUUUCACAAUUGAGAAGCAACACAAUUGCAAUUAAAACCUACACAGAAA